CCACACUCUAUAGAGUUCAGAAAGGACAGUGAAAUGAUGAUUAUAUAUUGGACAAUCUUUUUGUUUUAUGCCAAUUUGGGUUGUGCACUUAACAAGGAUGUAAUCCAACCAGACCCGUUGAUAGUUACACAACUGGGACAAAGUGUAUCACUCAAUUGCUUUUGUCGAUCUCAGUUUAUCAGAGUCUCUUGGUUCAAGCAAACUGUUGGACAGAAGCCUCUUCUCAUGGCAUCAUCUUAUUUUGGCAGUGAAAACAUUUUCUAUUUCAACAACUUUACCGAGGACUUUACUGAGACUAAACGUUUGGGUGUGAAGAGAGGAUUUGACAGCUGUAACCUGACCAUCUCCGAGACAGAGUCAGGGGACUCAGCUACAUACUACUGUGUUAAUUUGUUAGCGAGGGAAGACAAUUUUGGAGAAGGAACUGUUUUAAUUGUCAAAGAUUCAGGGUCCAACCACAUGUCUGUGCUCCAGCAGUCUGUGUCUGAGUCAGUUCAGCCAGGAGACUCUGUGACUCUGAACUGUACAAUACACACUGAGACCUGUGCAGGAGAACACAGUGUCUAUUGGUUCAGACAUGGCUCAGGAAAAUCCCAUCCAGGUAUCAUUUAUACCCAUGGAGACGGGAAUAAUCAGUGUGAGAAGAGCCCUGAGGCUGGGUCUCCUACACAGAGCUGUGUCUACAACCUCCCCAAGAGGAACCUCAGCCUCUCUGAUGCUGGGACUUACUACUGUGCUGUGGCUUCAUGUGGGGAGAUACUGUUUGGGAACGGGACCAAGCUGGAAAUGGACUAUGGUUGUAAGGAGGACCCUGUUCUCUUGGUGUACUGCCUGGGUGUAGCGUUGGCUCUUUGUGUCAUCAUCAUCAUUGUCCUUGGUUGUGUUACUUACAAAAUGACCAAGAAAAUCUCUCUGCACCCUCAGCCAAGUGGUCCGGCAGUCCACAGUUCUUAUAACCAGGAUCAAAAAGACAACGACACACUCACGUCGGUCCAUUACGCUGCUCUGAAUGUCAUCCACACGAAGCCAAAGACCCGGAGACAGAGGAGCGCCAUGGAGAGAGACACUGUGUACUCUGGGGUGAGGUGCCAAAACAAGGACUGAAAAGACUUGCAUUGCUUUUUUCUGUUACACAUUGUGUUUAUUAUUAUAAUUGUGUUACAAUUUCUUGUAUUCUCUCUAACUCCUUUUUACAUU